AUGGAGUCGUUCCCCAGGGCUAAGUCACCAUGUCCUUGGCGCCACUCGCUCUCUGGAAUGCUCGUGCAGCUGCUGUUGGCCGUGUGUUUCUUCUCCUACCUACGAGUGUCAAAAGACAGCCCUGCUCGGUCCCCUGGGACUCCCGCCACGACCUCUGUCCCCACGACUCCCAAAGUGUCAACAGGGCCAGCUUCCACCGUGGGGUCUCCUGCCCACCCACCCCUGCUGAUCUUACUGUGGACAUGGCCCUUCCACACCCCUGUGGCUCUGUCCCGCUGCUCUGAGAUGUUGCCCGGUACAGCCGACUGCCAGCUGACCGCCAACCGCAGCCUGUACCCGCAGGCAGAUGCGGUCAUAGUGCACCACCGCGAGGUCAGCUCCUGGCCCAAGGCACAGCUGCCCCCCAACCUGCGGCCACCCGGCCAGCGCUGGGUGUGGUUCUCCAUGGAGUCCCCCAGCCACUGCCAGCAGCUGCCUGCCAUGGACGGCUACUUCAACCUCACCAUGUCCUACCGCAGUGACUCGGACAUCUUCACGCCCUAUGGCUGGCUGGAGCUGGGGCCAGGCCUGCCGUCGAGGCAGGUCAACCUCUCUGCCAAGACCGAGCUGGUGGCCUGGGUGGUGUCCAACUGGAGGGCCAACUCCGCCCGGGUGCAGUACUUCCAGAAGCUGCAAGCACACCUUCAUGUGGACGUGUUCGGUGGCGGCCACAAGCCACUGCCGCGAGACACCAUGCUGGAGCGGCUGACCCGGUACAAGUUCUACCUGGCCUUCGAGAACUCGGUGCACCCCGACUACAUCACGGAGAAGCUCUGGAGGAACGCGCUGCAGGCCAGCGCCGUGCCCGUGGUGCUGGGGCCCAGCCGGCGCAACUACGAGCGCUUCCUGCCACCCGACGCCUUCAUCCACGUCAAUGACUUCCCGAGCCCCCGCCACCUGGCCCAGCACCUGCAGGCGCUGGACAGGGACCACGCCCGCUACCUGAGCUACUUUCGCUGGCGCCAGACGCUGCAGCCACACACCAGCAGCUGGGCCCUGGCCUUCUGCAAGGCCUGCAGGCGACUGCAGCAGGACCACAGGUACCAGACGGUGCCCAGCAUCGCCUCCUGGUUCACGUGA